CAUAGUUUAUAUACCAAUCUAUUUUAAUAUACAUAUAUAUAUAAAACAAUGGUGAACUCUGAAACCCCUCAACGUACUCGUAGCUCUUCUCUUACUCAAGUUAAACCAAAGGUCCUUCGUCCUUUCAACACAGCUGAAGUUAAAAUCCUUUUGUUAGAAAACGUCAAUGAAACUGCUGUCAAAUCUUUCCAAAAACAAGGAUAUCAGGUGGAAACUUAUACCAAAGCUUUAGUAGGCGAAGAAUUGAUCGAAAAAAUCCGUGAUGUCCAUGUUAUUGGUAUUCGUUCAAAAACCAAAUUGACCAAACAAGUAUUGGAUGAAGCCAAGAAUCUUUUAGCUAUUGGUUGUUUCUGCAUUGGUACUAAUCAAGUCGAUCUUCAUCAUGCUGCUUCCAAAGGUAUCGCUGUUUUCAAUUCACCCUUUAGUAAUUCAAGGUCUGUAGCUGAACUUGUUAUUGGUGAAAUCAUUUCUUUGGCUAGACAAUUGGGUGAUCGCAACACUGAAAUGCAUCAAGGUGUAUGGAAUAAGGUAUCAAAGAACUGUUUUGAAAUCCGUGGCAAGGUUUUGGGUAUUGUUGGUUAUGGUCAUAUUGGUGCUCAACUCUCGGUAUUGGCUGAAGCAAUGGGUUUAACUGUCUACUUUUAUGAUGUUUUACAAAUCAUGCCUUUGGGUCAAGCAAAACAAAUGGAAACCUUGGAAGAAUUAUUAUCUAUAUCUGAUUUUGUAUCCUUACAUGUUCCUGAAUUGGAAGAAACAAAGAAUAUGAUUGGCGAACGUGAAAUCAUGGAUUACAUGAAAAAGGGUGCUUAUCUCUUAAAUAAUGCUCGUGGUACAGUGGUCCAAAUUCCUGCUUUGGUCAAAGGUCUUCAAUCUGGUCAUCUCUCUGGUGCUGCUAUUGAUGUCUAUCCUAAGGAACCUGCCUCUAAUGGUCCUCACUUUACUGAUUAUCCUGAUUUGUUGAAUUGUCCCAAUUUGAUCAUGACUCCUCAUAUUGGUGGUUCUACUGAAGAAGCUCAACGUAUGAUUGGUAUCGAAGUCUCCUCCGCUCUUAUCAAAUUUAUCAAUGAAGGUGCAUCCAUUGGCGCUGUCAACUUUCCAGAAAUUGACCUAAGAGCUAUUCGAGAAGAUGACAAGCAUACCGUACGCGUUCUCUAUACACAUCAAAAUAUUCCUGGUGUCCUCAAGGAAAUCAAUGAAGUCUUUGCCGAUCACAACGUAGAAAAACAGUACUCGGAUUCAAAAGGGGAUAUUGCUUAUGUUAUGGCCGACAUUGCCAACGUCUCUGAAGAACAUAUUUUGAAGCUUUACAAUGCUAUCGUCGCUACUCGUGCUAAUAUUCAAACUCGUCUUCUCUACUAGGUCUCUUUCUUCCUAGGCAUUUGUUAGUAUAGUUUUUAUUAUAUUUAUCAUUACUUGAUCACCUUUUUUUUUUUUUGUCAUUAGUUUAUCUU